GGACUCUCUCAUCUUCAUAACAGUCAUCAAUUACGGUGCUUUUCAUUCAAAAUUUAUUCCGAAAUUUCUCCUCAAUUAAACCACGAAAAUGUCUUUGAAGGAUGUCUACAUCGUCUCUGCAGCUAGAACUCCCAUUGGAAGUUUCAAUGGCGCUCUGAGUUCUCUUCCUGCUGCUGAAUUGGGGUCUGUUGUCAUCAAAGAGGUAUGCGCUCGUGCGAAUGUCGAUCCAAAAGACGUGAAUGAAGUUGUUAUGGGACAAGCUCUUACCGCGGGUCAAGGUCAAAACCCCGGAAGACAAGCAACACUCAAAGCUGGUUUGCCCAUCGACUGUCCCGGAUACGUUUUGAACAUUUUAUGUGGGUCAGGAUUGAAAUCCGUUGAGAAUUCCUUUUACAAGAUACGUGCUGGCGGUGCUGACAUCAUGGUUUGUGGCGGACAAGAAUCAAUGAGCAAAGCGCCGCACGUCAUGCAUCUCAGAAACGGAACAAAAAUGGGAAAUUCGAGUAUGGUUGACUCGAUGAUCCACGAUGGCUUGACAGAUGCCUUCACGAACAUCCAUAUGGGAGAAACGGCAGAAAAUUUAGCGAAGGAAUACAACGUUUCGCGUGAAGAACAAGACGCUUAUGCAGCUCGCAGUCAAAAUCUCGCCGAACAAGCGCAAAAAUCGGGAGCUUUUGACGAAGAAAUUGUCUCGGUUUCGGUUCCAAGUCGCAAGGAAACUGUCGUCGUGAGCAAAGACGAGUACUUGAAACACGGAACAACAGUCGAGGGAUUGUCCAAACUUCGUGCCUGUUUCAUCAAAGACGGAACAGUGACGCCGGGAAAUGCUUCGGGCAUCAACGAUUCAGCAGCUGCGGUUCUUUUGAUGUCGCAAGAUGAGGUACAAAAACGCGGAGUGCAACCCUUAGCUCGUAUCGUUGCCUUUGCAAAUGCCGGAUGUGAGCCAAAAGUCAUGGGAAUCGGUCCCGUUAAAGCUGUUCAGAAAGUUUUGCAACUCGCUGGAUGGACAAUGGAUGACGUUGACUUGUUCGAAUUGAAUGAAGCCUUUGCUGCACAAUCGCUCGCUGUGGUAAAAGCUCUCGGAUGCAAUCCCGAAAAGGUGAAUGUUAAUGGAGGAGCGAUUGCGUUGGGACAUCCGAUUGGCGCGAGUGGUUGUCGUGUUUUGGUUACGUUAUUGUACGCGAUGAAACAGAGAGGAGCGAAAAAGGGAGUCGCUUCGUUGUGCAUCGGAGGAGGAAUGGGUAUCGCAAUUGCUGUUGAACGUGUUUGACUGAAAAGAAAGUUCAAAAGUAAUUUGUAGAAAAUUAAUUUUUAGGAUUUGGAAUGUUUUUUGUACUUACCCUAUUAAGCUGAGACAAUAAUCAAAAAUAUUUUCAAUUUUAUUUUAAAUAUUUUUUUGAAAAAAAAAUUAAAAUCAAGCAUUUUAAAUUUUAAAAAAUUAUCAAAUUUUGAGAAAUUUUUCGUAAAAAAAGAUAAAAAUUUCGGAUGAAAAUCAUUUCAAAAGUCAAAAUUUUCUUAUUUUUAGUAAAAAAAAUUAUAAUUAUCAAUUUUUUUGGUAUAAAUUUUUUUUUAAUUUUUAUAAAAAUAUUUUUAACGGAAAAUGAAAUUUAUUCAUUAAUUUUUUUUUUAUUUUUGUAAAAGAUUUCACAUAAAA